AAUGGAUGCUAAGUCAGAGUACGACAGUUGCACCAGAGAGAUCAGAGCAAAACAAGUGAAAACGCGAAGAGGUGCUUGAAAGCCAGAAGAAGAACUGCAAAGCGAAAGUGAAACAGUGCGAAAUAUUGCUAACAAAUUUAAAAGCAAAAAAUUUACGAAUUAGUGCAUCACUAAAAUAUAAAUUCCAUAAUAAAAUAUUAACCCCAAUUACUAAGCGAAAUGCAAAAUUCCAGUAUUAAACAACUCUGCACUUUCACCAUCUGCUCACUGCUGCUGCUGCUGUCACAACUGGCCCAAGCGCAGCGUCCCUCCUUCGCCGGCAUCCGACCGCCUGGCCUUAACCAGAAGGACAAAUACAAUGUGAACUACAAUGUAAAUGCCAACGGCAGCAACACAGAUAUCGGCAAUCGCUUUGGAAAGCCAGCAGAUGAGCCACCAGCAUUGCCCUUUGGCGCGACGCAGAAACCACCCGCCAGUUACAUACCAAUCGUGUUUCCCGAAUCCAACUAUCUGCCAUUGGCCACACCGAACGCCACACCAGUGCCUGAUUUGAUUGCGAAUCGUUUUGGUAGCGGUAGCGGCGAGCCUGCAAAUGCUAGUAUAAAUACAAUUGCGAAUGCCAAUGCGAAUGCUCUUGGCAGCAAUGCAGUUGGCGUUGGUGGUGGUGGUGGUGGUGACGCGCCUACCCGCCUGCCCAUCGAUGCAAAAAAUGAUAGCGAGCUGGUGGCCAUAAUCAGCCGACUGCCAGCGGACCAGCGACCUUUCUGGUUUAUCAACGCUGCAGCGAUCGAGGCGCAAAGAAAUGGAUCGUUCGCGAAUUUCGCCGGCGCAGUCGAUUCGCGAGGAAGUUUCUUUGGUUGAGAUGAAAGCUGUGCAGGUGUGUCACUUAAGGUCUCACUUAUGAAGCAUAAUUUUUUUUUUUUUUUUAAUGUACAUACAUAUGUAGGUACAUUAUAUGCCGUUUAUGUAUAUUUAUUCGAGGUCGUAUAUAUUUUGUUAGUUUUAAUUGUAUGAGUAUUACGAUAUUUUGUAAGCAAAAAGUUAUCAUAUAGGUUCACGAACCAUUGAAAGGCCAUUUGUUCAUAUUGAAAAUUUACAGUCACAAAUAUGUAUUUAAGUAAGCAAAAGCAGACAGAGUGGAAUAUACGCAACUGAAGCAAAAAAAUAAUAAUAUA